AUGGUUCAAGCCCCUAUGAUCUCGGUGCCGCUCAAGGCUACUAACGAGAUCGACUGGAUUGUGCCGCUCAAAAACUACAUCCGUGACACAUAUGGCGACGACCCGGAACGGUAUGCCGAAGAAUGUGCGACUCUAAACCGUUUGCGCCAGGACAUGCGCGGUGCUGGUAAGGAUAGCAGCUCCGGGCGCGAUUUGCUCUACCGGUACUAUGGGCAGUUGGAGCUUCUUGACCUUCGGUUUCCUGUUGACGAACAGCAUAUCCGGAUCUCAUUCACAUGGUUUGAUGCGUUUACACACAAGGCGACGUCGCAGUUCUCGCUUGCAUUCGAGAAGGCAUCUAUCAUUUUCAACAUCUCCGCUGUUCUGUCCUGCAAUGCCGCCCUCCAGAACCGCUCCGACGAGUCUGGUCUCAAGACUGCCUACCACUCUUUUCAGGCCUCUGCUGGAAUGUUCACCUAUAUCAAUGAAAACUUUCUCCAUGCUCCGUCGGCUGAUCUGAGUCGGGAGACCGUUAAGACGCUCAUCUCGAUUACCCUUGCCCAAGCCCAGGAGGUCUUCCUAGAGAAGCAGAUUGCCGACCAGAAAAAGGUCGGUCUGCUGGCGAAGCUCGCGAGCCAUGCCAGCUCAUUGUAUGCCCAAGCAGCCGAGGGUGUCCAAGCCAACGUCGACAGAGCCAUUUUCGAAAAAGUCUGGCUCUAUUUUGUCCAGAUCAAGGCGAGCCUCAUGGGCUCAAUGGCACAGUACUUCCAGGGCCUCGCCGAUGAUGAUGCAAACAACCAUGGUCUCGCAGUAUCGCGGCUGCAAGUCGCCGAGACCCUCGGGAAGGAGGCAGCCAAGCUGGCGACCAGCUUCCCUAGUUCUUUGCCUUCAAGCGCAAAUUUGGGGGCCGACACCAGCACACUGCUCGUCGACAUCACCAAACGGCAUCUGUCCACGGUCCAAGAGAAGCUGCGCGGCUUCAACAAGGACAACGACUUCAUCUACCACGACUCGGUUCCCGACGCAGCCAGUCUCCCGCCCGUUUCCAAGCUUCCUGCUUGCAAGCCAAUACCUGUUAGCGAGCUGUACGCAGGCCAGGACAUUCAGCGCAUCACUGGACCUGACCUUUUUGCCAAGAUCAUCCCACUUUCCGUGACCGAGUCGGCAAGUUUGUACGAUGAAGAAAAGGCCAAAAUCCUCCGCGCGGAAACCGAACGGGUCGAUACUGCGAACAGCGAGAUGGCUGCCAGCCUUGACUAUCUUCGCCUUCCAGGCGCCCUCCAGGUUCUCAAAGGUGGAUUUGACCAAGAGGUGCUCCCUGACGAAGAUUUCCGUACCUGGUGUGUUGACGUGGCCGACCACGAAAGCCCCGAGGCCAUUUUCGAGCCCCUGCGUCAUCAGCGGGAGGCAAUCAUUGCCACCCUGGACAAAAAUGCAAAGCAGCUCGACAUGGAGGAGAGUGUCUGUGAGAAGAUGCGCUCUAAGUACGAAAGCGAGUGGACCCAGCAGCCCAGCUCGCGGCUCACGACAACACUUCGUGGGGACAUUAAAAACUACCGAGACGCGCUGGACGAGGCGGCGACCAGUGACGGGCUUUUGGCCUCGAAGCUGCGCCAAAACAGUGCUGAAUUCGACGAGAUGCGGACAGCGGCCCAGCAUGGCGAGGUCGACGCGCUGUUCCAAAGAGCCUUGGCCAAGGUACGGGGCAAGUCUGGCAGCCAGACGACGAGCCCCAGCGAAGGCAAUCUGCUAGACACCGACUUUGAGGACAGUCACCCCAGCGUACCAGAUCAGAUCAAUACAGUGGAUGAGAUCCUGUCAAAGUUGAAUCUUGUCAAGCGGGAACGCAACCAGGUGCUGAAAGACCUCAAAGACAAGGUAAGCCCGAGUGUUUCUUCUCUCAAUGGCUACGUGGUAUCCAUAUGCGGGCGUGCACUAACAAAGCAGAUUCACGACGACGAUAUCUCGCAGAUAUUGAUUCUGAACAAAAAGUCAAUUGCAAACUACGAGACGCAACUGUUCAAGUCGGAGCUGGAGAAGUUCCGCACACACCAAAACCGACUUGUCCAGGCCAACCACAAGCAGGCAGCGCUCAUGAAGGAGCUGACGGCCGCAUUCAACACGCUCCUGCAGGACAAGCGCGUCCGCUCGGAGCAGAGCAAGUAUGAGUCGGUCCAGCGGCAGCGCGCUUCCGUGGUGAACAAAUACAAGCGGGCCUACCAAGAGUUCCUCGAUUUGGAGGCGGGCUUGAACGGUGCCAAGCGGUGGUAUGCGGACAUGAAGGAGACUGUUGACAGCCUCGAGAAGAACGUGGAGACGUUUGUGAACAACCGUCGGUCCGAGGGCGCACAGCUUCUCAACCAAAUCGAGCAGGACCGCUCUGCCAACAAGGGCCAGCAGGCCGAGCUGGAGCGGGAACGCCUACGGGGGCUCAUGGAGCGCAUGUCCGUGGACACCACACCCUCGUCGCAGCCUCAGCCACCCGCGAAUGGCGCAUCAUCGACACCGCCACUACCGUCGUCUUCGGGCGGUCUGUCUGGGCGGCCGACGCCCAUGCCACUGUACUUGUCUAACAACAACGCGCCACGGUACCCGGCGACGAACUUCACGGGGCAGUACCAAGUUCCAAACUCACCGCCCCCUAACCAGACUUCCAUGCCAUCCCCAUACGCCAGCCAGUUCGGCCAACAGGCUGCGACGUACAACCCGAGCGCACUCGGCCGAAUUCCCGGCCCCGCGUCGCCUCCGCCGACGAUGACCAGCUUCAACAUGAACGCGAUGCGGGGGCCAGCGUCGCCGCCACCGACACAAACGGCGUUUGGGCAGCCCGGCAGCCACCAGUAUAGCACGUACGGCAAUCAGCAAGCCAGCCAGCCGCCGACAACACACUCGAGCACGCCGUCCAGCUUUGUGCCAGCUGGUUUCGUGCCACCGCCGCCGCCCCGUGCACCGCCACCAUUGGGCCCGCAGCAGACAUAUCACGUCAAGCCGACCGACUACUAUUCGCAGCAGCAACAACAACAGCCGCCACCGCAACAGCAGCAAUACCAGCAGUCAUUCCAGCAGCAAGCGCCACCGCCUCAGCAAGCUCCAGCCGACCCGUGGGCAGGGCUUAACUCGUGGAAAUAA